AUGCUAUAUCUUACAUUAGUGGUAUUAGAUCUACAACUUAAAUUUUAUUUUUUUGAAUUACUUAAUUUGUCACCACAACUUAUUAUUGAUAUUAAAAACAUUAUUAAAGACAAGUCUGAAAAUAAAUAUGCAUCUUUUUCUGAUCAAAAUACAUUGCAUGAAACUAUUACACAGUCUACACUAAUAGCACAAAUUUAUAAGCAAAUAAAUAUAAAUCAACAAA